GAUCUUUCUCUCUUCGUGCUCACCGUGUGUUGUGGUUUACUGAGUCAGCUUACCGACCGGAUCAUAUUGAGAUCGAUCGAAUCCAUUCACGUAUACGUCUGUAGCGCAAAAUAAUCAAAUCAGCAUCAGUUCGUCUCAAGUGGCUCUCGUAAACGGAACAGAUUAGCAGCACCAAUUUUCUUCGAAGCAAGUAGCACACCCUCUUCAAUUAUAAGCUAAAAUAUAACCAUUUUGGCCCAUUCUAAUCGCGCGCGUUUGCUUCCGAGUGUCCUAAUUUCCUGGUAAUUAGUUUGGAUUGCAGAUUUCCAGACAGCACAGUGAGAUAUAAUGGCAGAACCAUGUGUGACAUCUUGUUGCCGGUGCUACUCCCUGCGAACCGGCUCGUUAAUCUCGGGCAUCAUGGGAAUCAUCCUAUCAAUUAUCUCCAUUAUCGUAAUUUUCACCACAAGAGUCGAAUUCAAAACGAUUCUCAUGGACUGGCUGCCGCAGAAUGUUGUGAAAAUCAUAUUUGUGCUGAACCUGUGCAUGACCAUUUUAAUUUCAUUGCUGAUGAUUCUUGGCGUGGCUAAGAAAAAUCAUUAUCUCAUGAUGCCAUGGGUGAUUCUGGGAUUUAUGCUGAUAAUAGGUCUGUUAAUCAGCGUGAUAUACACUGCCGUGAUGUAUUUCAUCGAUGGAUUCGUACUCGGUGGUACUCUUUGGUUAAUUAUUGGAUUAAUUUCAGUUGUAAUUUACAGCUACAUGUGGGCAGUUGUAUACAGCUGCUUCAUUGAACAGAAAAACGAGAAUGAACGUGGACAAUACUCUAAACAGCCAUAUCGACGAUAAAUAAGUACAAAAUUCAUAUUAUUGAAUAAAAUGUGUCGCAGAAGUUACAUUCUAGACCUUCGGAAACGACUUAACAAUAGAUACUAAUCGAUUUUUAUUAUUUAUAUUGUAGGCUAUUAAUAAUUUAUUUGUGUUAAGUUUAAACAUUU